AUGGAGCAUCUGCCAGGAAGAAACGUUCCAUUCGUGGCCGUGCCUUCAACCAGUAAGAUCGCCAGUAAACCACUACCACCGUUUGCUGUAAGAUCGCAGCAGAAAGCAAUAAAAUCGGCCACACUGCCGAUAGGAAAAGUAUCCUCAUCGUCCAGGCCGAUGCAGAUCCGUUCGGCUUAUAUUAAACCGUAUCAACCACUGCGUGCUUCCCGAUUGUCGGUCGAUACGCGCGAAUGUAUGGCCAGAUUUGCAAACGCGAACAAUCAUUCCACCGUUGUCAUCGGGCAACAGUACCAUUCGAAUGUUCUCCAGGUUGGGCAGAAUCAAGUGCCACAAUUUGUACCGGUAACAUCAGCGAAUGGUGAUUUUGUAAUAGAGCGAAGUAAGCCCAAAUUACCACAGAAACGAGAUUUGCCGGAGCCGGACGUAAGCAUCAUAAAAAUUCCUACGACCGCUGUGCAGGUUGUCAAUAACAACGUGAUGUCGUAUCAGCAGCAGACAAUAAACGGUCCAUCGACAAUCGUGAAACCGAACCUAAUUCCGGCCUUGCCGAUCGCCAACACCACCGUAGUAAUGCCGACAGGUUCCUCCGGAACGAUCAGUGAUCUAAAGCUGAUUGCUGCCACAACGCCGACCUCCGCCUUGAAGAUGUAUCGUCCAAUCGCACCGAAAACCACCACCGCGGUGAUGAUGAUGACCAACACCAACUCUACUGCUGCUUCGCCGACAGCAACCACCGUGUCCUCGAUACUGUUAUCGCCAACGGUCUCAUUCAGUGCGACAACGACUACGGUUCCGAUGGUGCCUGUUGGUGUACCAUUGACGACGACGGUUUCGAACGGUGUACCGACAAUGGUUAUACCGGCGGUUGUAAAAUCGAACCUUAUCCCGGCAAAUCAGGAACAACAGCCACCACAGCCUGCACUGUACGCUGGUGGUUCCAAACUGAUGCUUCCUUUGGGCACUACCAUUAAAGUAACACAGCAUGGAGCUACCUUUGCACAGCAGCCACUUCCUGUGCAGCCGUCCACUGUGAUGCCAGUCAGCACCGCUGUCAGCAACCCACAGUUGCUGCACACACUCGUUCAGACACCAACGUCGGUUUUGCCAUCGCUAAGUACGAUUUCACGUGCUAAACCAGCUCAAUCGCAACAACCUGCCAAAGUGUUAUUAAAUGCUAGGAUUCCCAUCACCACCACAAGCGCUUCAACCUUUGGAUCUUCAUCAUCAGGAACAGCUGCUUCAAUUAUCCCAACGAAUAUUCCGCCCUUGUUCGUGCCACCAAACAAGGCAACGAUUGGUACUACAACCGUGACAAAACCCGUUACCAUGCAGAUGGCUACAGUUUCUGCAGCAGUCACAAAGUUAAGCGAUGUAGAAUCACAACGGAUAAUGAUCACAGGAUCACCCACCGUUAGCAGCAGCAAUAGCAUCAUCAUCAAUAAUAACAACAACCUGGACCAGCGCCGUAUGUCGAUGGGAAUUGUAAAGGCCACUGCUGCUGCAACCAUAGAGCAGCAAGAGCUAAGGAAGCCGAUUAAAGCAUUUCCUAUUCCUGUGCUAAGUUCGUUCACAGCGUCCCAAUAUCCUAUCCAUCCGCCGCAGCAUCAGCAUCCGCAACAACCUCCUCAGCAAUCGGAUCAAAUUUCCAACUCCAUUCUUAACAAAGAUCGUUCUGUUUUGCUCUCGACAAAUUCGCGUGCAUUGGUGGAAGAAUGCGGCAAAAAAGAGAAUGUAAAUGUAUCACUUCAGCUAGAAAAUGAAGCAACAACCGUAGUUCUCACGGAAGAUGACGAAUCGUCCAACGAUGGGUCCAUGUUGGUGAUGGACCUGGAAGAAAAUAUUACACCCGAGACGACGACGAACCAUGGGGAGAAACACAUUCUCUCUAGCCAAGGCAUGGAACGGGUGUCACUAAUUGCCCAAGCAAAUGGCGAAGCCUUAGUGCAGGUCGACAACGAACAGGCACAGUUGGACGAUGAAUCGAACUGCUCGGAAUCUGCGGUGCAUAGUCGUCAGCAAGCUAAAGAGACAUUUGCUUUCCAGCUAGAGAUGCCUAAAACUCCCGAAAGAAGCGGAUCAUUAAAGCGUACCAGCUGUGGCGAAGGUGAUGGUGGUUCCGGGUCCUCUUCGACCAAUGCAAGCCCUCGGUUGCAGAAGCGAUCUUCCUCGGAGCAUCUACAGUCGAUGCAAAGGGGGGCCCAAACGCAUGCUGUAGCUUCUACCGCACCAAAGGUAAAUUCACUUCGAAGACGAUUUUCGGAGAUUGCUGCUGUUAAAACGGCAUCAACCGGAGUUACGAUUCCGUUUACGGAUGAAAAUUACUUUAUUCCGCUUCCUUCGCAUGCGCGCAAAAUUGAAGCGCGUGCUGUUGACGAUCGGGACUCUAAAGCUUCCACUAGCUUGGCACAGCCAGCUAAGGUAGCAGCCCCGUUACCACCAUCGAACCUUUCCCUGCUGUGCAAUGAAAAAAUCGAUUUACCGAAACAGCUCGAGGAAGUGUUGAAGAAACGGCCAUUUAGCAAGACAACACAGGUUAAGGCAUCAAACAACAAGAAACUCAGCUUAAUUGACCCGGAAAACGAACAGAUACCGGAGCUGGUUCCAUUCGAAGAAGUUCGUCGCAAAAAGCAACGAUUGGCAAAGGAAAAUAGUGUUGACCGCAGUACCAACAGUCGAUCUACCUCGAUGUCAUCCGAUAGCAACGUGCUGCCAGCUGGCAAACAGGCACGCCCCAAUGCAUCAACGGAACCAUCUGCAAAGAAGACGGCAGCAGGAUCAUCGGGAUCGCGAGCCAAAAAAUCAUCCACAGCUGGGACGCAAGUUAUUACACCGUCCGAAUCGUCCACCAGCCUGCAGGAUGACGGUAGUACAGUGUCCGACACGUCGACGGUGGCCGAUCAUCUGCGCUGGUACGAUGGUAUCGGAUAUCUGAGCGAAAGCACGAUGCACUUUGAAUUUAACAAGUUUGGCAUCGUUCAACCACUGGCAGACGAAGCGUACGAUCUGCACCGCAACACGGACGUUUAUCAUGACUUGCAGCUGCCGCUGAAGACGCGCCCGUUACAGAAACGUGCCUCGCUCUAUGAAACGCAUGAUAUGUACAAGUGUGAGGUGUGCUUGGAACGUGGACGUGCUGUGGAUUUUGUAACACCAGAUUUUUGUAGCAUUAGCUGCGUUCGGGAAAGCAGCAAAACCGCUUUGCGCGAUUACAUCCUAAACUCAACACACGCUCUUCAAUGUAAUGCUUUACUAAGGGAAUCCAAGGUCCAACCUAAAGAGGAACAAAAGGAUCAUGAUGGGGAAGAAGCGAAGCUAAACGAUAAGCAGCAGCCGUCACGGUCCAAGAGGAAGCAGUCGGUAAAGAAAAAUGUGAAGAAAACGCCACCUUCCUCCAACACGACGAUCUCCUCCACCAGUGACGAUGAUUCUGUCAGCUCACUUAGUCUAAAUUCGAGCGCUUUUCUCAAACGACAAGCGUUACGAGAUUUGCUACCACCAUCGCUUGAUGACGGCUCUCCUACACCAUUGGCACGGCCUACCGCACUACAACCGAUCGAUGGUAGCGAGGAGACGGAAUUUAAUUGGCAGCAAUAUUUGAAAAAGAUAAACGCCGAACCGGCACCAACUUAUCUGUUCGGCCCGAAACCAUACCCACUGGCUGGUGCUAACGGAGCCGUCGAGAACCUGUUCCGCGUCGGGAUGAAGCUGGAAGCGAUUGAUCCGGAAAAUAGUUCCCUGUUCUGCGUCUGUACGGUGGUCGAGGUACGUGGUUAUCGGUUGAAGUUACACUUUGACGGUUACUCAACCGAAUACGAUUUCUGGGUGAACGCGAAUUCGUGUGACAUCUUUCCGCCGGGUUUUUGCCGUAGUACAAACCGUACACUACAACCACCGGCCAGCUUCAUAGGGCAGGCAUUCAGCUGGGCAAACUAUUUGCACGAAACGAAUGGUAUUAUGCCAGCUAAAGAGCUUUUUGCACAUCUGAAUCAGAAGAGCGAUAGAAACAAGUUCGAGAUCGGUAUGGCGAUUGAGGCGGACGAUCUAAAAAAGUCGGGCAAAGUGUGCGUCGCUACGGUUGCAGACAAAAUGGGCGACCGUAUACUGAUACACUUUGACGGAUGGGACAACCGGUACGACUUCUGGGUGAGCAUUUACUCCAACUACAUCCAUCCGGUGAACUGGCAUAAGGAGAACAACGAUAAAAUCACCGCACCGCCUGAUUGGAACAAACCGUUCGACUGGGAUAAGUACAUUCGCUACAAAUCCCGAACCAACCUCGGCUCUACCAGCAAGGCAGAAAAAUCACUGUUCAAAACGCGCCCCCCAGUUCCGUUCAAACUUGGCCAACGCCUGGAGGUGGUCGAUCGAAAGCAGAAAAAGUUGAUUCGCCCUGCGAAAGUUGUCGCAAUCGAUGGGUACGAAGUGAACCUUUGCUUCGAAGGUUGGCCACGAGAGUACGCGUUCUGGAUUGAGGAUGACAACACGGAUCUGCAUCCGGUGAAUUGGUGUGCCCGAACAAAGCAUCCGCUAGAACCGCCUCCAAACUUUUUGCUAGCGAGCUGCACGUACGAUGGCACAUGCGAUCUGAAGUUCUGUAUGAGCCGAGGCAACAGCAAGUGUCCGCAGAAAAAAUUCCACGACCGUCCGGCCGAAUGUCCAUACAAGCGCGCCAACUGGAUGAGUGAAGAUCGAAAACCGCUCCGCAUUAGCCAUGACCAAGUUCAAAAACACAACUACGAGGAGACAACACAACCAAGACAGCAGGACACAAAGUCCGGAAGCCGGAAAACUGUGGCCUCAUCCGCAAUCAAUGUAACAAAGGUAGAGGAAGUAAAUGGACGCACUAGCGAUGCCUCCAACUCACCUUCCCCACUCAUACCGGCCAAGCGUAUUAAGCAAGAGACGGAAGAUCUACUCAUCGCUGCUACCUCGACUGCUACCACACCGACGCCCCCACCGUCCCGUGAUCCUUCCAAGGAGCGUAUAGUGCGGACAAAAGAAGUAGAACCUACUGCCGCUAAUAGUAAUAGUAAUAGCAACUCUUCGACGAACUUCGCUCCACGGGCUGCCGAAACAUCCAUCCGUCUCGCUCGUCCAGUCAUUGAGGAGUACGGACCUCGGUUAAUGCAUUCGUACGAAGUUUGGCAACGGCAUUCCCGUUACCUAGAUGAAUGCACCGAGCAGACCGGUGCACUGCGCAAAAAUCCUCUCCACUGGACGACGGACGAGAUGGCCCGAUACAUUGAGCAGCUGCCCGGUUGCGCUGAGUAUGCCAGUAAGAUCCGUCACGAAGAAAUAACAGGCCGCUCGUUUCUGAGCUUUACGCAGUCUGAUCUGAUCGAUUAUCUUGGCGUGAAGAUGGGUCCGGCCAUUAAGCUCUACAAUCGGAUCAUUCGAUUGCGUCAGCUGGUGACAACAAAGUUCAUCCAGUUGUAG